AUGGGCCUGAGCUCUUCCAAGGCGCACCCCAAGGUGACCCAGGUGGCACCGCUGCGUGCCGGGGAGGAGCUGCCCACUCUCACCACUCUGUACCAGCUGCCCGGUGUGCUGGGAGAGCCCGGCCCGCACCCCCCAGCCACGUCGGAGUGGAGAAAACCCACCUUUCACCGGGAACUUCCACCUCUCCGGGAGACCUGGUACGGGAGAGUCUCUGCAGGGCCCCUUUCUUUCAACACUGUGAUGGAAAAGGGAGAAACCAGCAUCAUUAAACAGCACCCACCUCGGAGACCUCAAAGGCUUGAACCUGCUGGCCCUCCACAAGCAAUCAUUCCUGCAAAGCUCUGGAGUCAGCAAGAAGUGGCUGCAAGCCCCAAAACAAAGGCUCUGGAGAAGAGGGGGCAAAGCCCGAGACACCUCCCUGGCAGGCGGCAGCACUUGCACAAGCUGCAGAUGCUGGACUUGACCCGCAGGCGCCGAGAGGCAGAGCUGAAGAGAAAUCUCCACAGGGAGGCAAAAAUCAAUAAACAAAAAAUCAAGGAAUUCAGCCCGAAGAAAGUCCUUGACAGUCUCCAGGGAGGAAACAGCACCGAAAGCCAAGACCUUGUCCCUGCUGAGCACAAUCAGCGUUUUCAUGGAGACGACUGUGGACACACGUGGGGUGAAGGACUCUCCAGGCAGCAUGAUGGGGUUGAACUCUCUCCAGGCAGGAACAGAAAGGUUGAGCUGUGGUACCGCAGGGAGCCGCGGACCAGGGAUCUGUUCUGGGACACCUCCAGCACGGGCUCCGAGGAGUGGGAAAGUGAAGAGAAGAAGAUUCCCCCAAAACCUACGCUUGUGAGGACCAAGACGGAGAGAGUUUCUCUCUUUGAUGACUUCUUUGAUAGGGAUUUCUAG